AUGCCCGAUAAUAAUAGAGUGAACGCAGCCCUAAGAGAUAUCGGGGCGAACGCUUUCGUCUGCCGUGUUCAGUACUUGAACGAUCUGGACCCUUUCAACGAGUACAAUGUCAGGCUACCGACGAGACCACUCUACCAUACUUUCAACUCGUCGCUACCCUUGUCGUAUCAAAUCGCGGCGGUGCAUCGACUGUUGCAAGCUCCACACAGGUUGGACGAUGCGACCCUACAAGUGUUCAAGGACGGCGACUACGGCCCUUAUUUGGACCUUGAUUCCACUCUUGGCGAACAAGAUGAAGAAAUAGAAGGUUUACAAGAAAGCCGCAAGAAUGCUCUCGUCCUGCGAACUCAAUUAUCGGUGCGCGUCCACGCUAUUACAGGUACCUACGUUUAA